CUGCCCUCUUGUUCUGCGCCGUCUUCACACUCUCACAAUAACAUUGUCUUCAUUCGUUUGGGCAAUGAGAUGACAGGCGCAUCAGCAGGCACUUUGCACAGCUUCUUCUUCACACCGCUUGUUAUUCUUCCGCAACGCGAUUAUUGCAUCUGAGCGCAGAGCCGCAACGGCGCCGGUGUGAAGUUCGGCUCGCCAGCGACAACAUUCCAGCGUUUGAGCCGUGCUGCUGCAUUGUGCACUCGACACACGCUGUUCUCCCGGCGCAAUGGAUUCCGUCCAGCCGCUGCGCAUCUCCAAGUCCGGCAACACGCCUUCAUCCACGCCCAACAAGAUGGCCGCCACUCGGGCUGCGCUUUCCGAGAUCACCAGCGUUUCUCCACGACGCAACUCCCCCAGCUACAACCAGGCGACGAGGAAGAUGAUCGUCUCGCGCGACUCCUCGCCCUACACCGACAACUCCUCUUUCCUCAACGAGAACUCCUCGCCGCGCGAUUUCUGGAAGACGAGGGACCCCAUGUCGCCCUCUCGCUUCGACAACGAGGCCUCAUCCGACCGCGAGAACUCGCCCAAUCUCCUGUCGGCCAAGCGAAGAGCCAGCAUUGAGAGGCUGAGGCAAGCCGGCCGCGUCAAGCAGAGCAACAUCUUUGCCUUGGAGAACAAGGAUGCGUACGAUCCAUCGAGCUUACCCAUCGUCGAGCGCCCGAGUGCGAACCGCCCGCUGAGCGGGAACUUGGCCAACAACCACUUCACCAGAUAUGACAGCCUUAAGAAAGAGAACAACCCGCUGCAGAGCCCCAAAAGGCCAUCGGCACAUAAGCGCACUGAGAGCGAGACGGCUGUCUCCAUCCCCAGCAGCCCACAGGCAAAGUCCAUUUCUUCACCAUCCAAGGAGCCGGCAUCCUCACCUACCAAAUCUUCGCUUUCACGCACCAGUCAAUUCGGUUCUUUCGAGCACGACAGUGGGCCAUGGUCUGACGGUGACGACCGCGCGCCUACUCCUCGCGCCAUACACCGCCACAACAAAAGUGUCACCUUCCACGAAGCCGAGCCAGAGAUCAACGUCUACGAGAACCCCACACCGGAGCCCUCAGUAUCAGCAGCAUCUGGCUCCCGAGAGGGUAGCUUCGACUCGGAUGAGUACUACGAUGAAUACAGCUUCGAGCGUGGGAGUUCGCUCGAGCCAUAUCACAAUGAUGACAGCUUUGACGCAGACUUGGAGAAUGUCGACAAGACGCCUGUCGUUUUGCCAGAAGACUGGUCGCGCAUGUCGCCCGACGAAGCUCGCCGAGAUCUUGUUGACGAUGGAGACGAUGUCUUCGAGGGCUCCUCUAUAGAGGUGCAGAGGCAGCAUCUUUCGCGAUCUGGAAGCCUGGCUUCAGAAGGCGAGUCCCGCCCAUUGCCUCCACUUCCUGCUUUCAUGAAUGGCCGCCGAGAGUCAGCUGCAGCUGUUGCUGAGCGUGCCUCGAACCUUGCACGCAACCUGCCUUCUCCACCAAAGCGGGCUUCGUGCGGCAAGGACAUUCACACAGAAGAAUCCGCAGAUCGCCCGAGCUCGAAACACUCUGAAGGCCAUGCGGAAAUGACCAUAACCAAUCUGGACACGGGAGAGAAGUCCGACGUGGCAAUCAAGGAAGAAGAGCCUGAGGAAGAGUCUCACCUUGCGGACCUCCCUGACUUCGACGAUGAUGAGCCACCCACCAUUUCCAGAGAAAGCAUUCUGCGCAAGGUUCGCAAUUCCAGAUACGAAUUUGAGGACGAAGAAGAAACCCCAACAGAGGCGGGCGACAGUCCGGAGCGUCCAUCAUACAAGGAGCUGGCCAUGAUGCACCCAGAUGAGCCCAUUCCAUCGCGAGAAAAUAGCCACGACGUGAGCGAGCACUCUCUUGGCCCACUUGGCCACGAGAGAUAUGAGUCUGCAGAGGUCGAGAUUAAGGAUGAGCCACUUGAAGAUGACGACGCCAUUGACUUGAGCGCUAUCCCAGUCGCUGACGAGUCGUUGUUGUCUGAACCAGCAAGAUCACCUUCGCGUUUGGAUGACUACGAACGCCAAUCUUCUGUCCUUCGUCACGAUGUUAGCAACAACGACGACUCCGAGAGCCAGUACUCCUCUGUUGAGCCGGAUGCCGAGAGCACAGUUCUACAGGCUCAGUCUGAUAAAGAGCCGGAAGCUGAUGAUGUAAAGGAGAAGCUAGAGGAUGCCAUGCAGCUGCUCACAGUCAAGGACUACUCGCAGGCUGAGUCAGCUCCACAGAAGUCGACCAGUGGAGACUUCAUGGGUCUACCAUCCUACCUCGCCUCCGAUGACUUCGAUUUCGGCAUGAAGGACUACAUUGUCCGAUCACCAGCACCAGAGGAGUCAACCAAACAGACGGAUAUUGUCUCAAGUGCGCCAGUUCUGCAGCCAUCGGUCGCAAGCGAGCCGCAGGUUGAAGCCAAACCAGUUCUCAAGGAUCUGCCACGUCCUACAUAUGAUGGCGCUGACUACGAUGAUGGCGAGUUCUCUCCGCCAGGCAGUCCUGAUUCGGUCAUACAUCACUCCAGCAGUGAGGUGCACGAUUUCGAAGAGCUUCCUCCACCAGUCGAGUCCAAACUAGAAGUUCCAGUAAUCCCCGAGCGGAGGGCUACCAUCAAGACGAACGGUCAGCUCAAAGCUCGACCAUCCGCGACUCCAGCCGACUUGCGCAUGAUGGCUGAACAGCGACGAAUCGUUAGUGCCGGUCAUCCUGUUCCACCCAUCCCGCAAGCAUACCAGGCAGAGGUUGAACAAGCCAGCGAGAUUGAGGAGCCAUCGCAGUAUUCGUCAGACGGCAAUGAAUCGAAAGCAGACUCUGCCGUUGAGUCCACUCAAGAGACUACUCGUGAAACUACUCGUCGUCGAGGGAGCCGAAAGCAGCUGAAGCUUGAUCUGGAUAUUCCUCGUGUGACCGCUGACGAUGACGAUGGCCUUGGACUUGAACACGAGUUCGAGCGAGUCAUCGAGAACCAAAAGAAAGGAUACCUCAUGCGCCAGAACACGAAGCUCGUUGUGGCUACUAACCGCAACUUCUCUGGCGACAGCAAUGGGACAGCGAAGUCCAACGAGCCUCCCAUGUCACCAACAGCAGAAGCACGACCAAGCUCUCGUGGCGGGCGCAGUGCGAAUUCGAGCCCUCGCAAGGGCAGCGGGAUCCUCGAAACGGAAGCAUGGAAUGGCAAGGCACGUAGGAAGAGCCAACGCCAGGCGUCAGCGGCACAGCACUCGACCGGUCCUGCUCCACCUCUACCAGGUCAAGCGAGUGUUCUUGGUGUUGUCAACGAAGACUUUGCCGCAGGCACGAGUAGCCUUGAAGACGAUGUCGGAGAAGGCAUCGAACGUGGCCGACUUUUCGUCAAGGUUGCGGGAGUCAAGGAACUGGAUUUGCCAAUGCCCAAGAACGAUCGACUGUAUUUCCAGCUUACUCUCGACAACGGACUCCAUUGUGUUACGACGACCAGCCUGGAGCUGGGACGAAAUGCACCAAUCGGGCAGGAAUUCGAACUGGUAGUACUGAAUGACCUGGAGUUCCAGCUUACUCUGAACACCAAGCUCCCGCCACCACCAAAGCAGCAUAUUCCGCUCAACGCACCCACUUCCCCUACGAAGGGCUCGAAGCAUCAAAAGACCAGCAGUCUGUCACGUUUCUUGACGAGUCCAAAGAAGCGUGCUGAGAAGGAGCGCCAAGAGAGAGAAGCGGCAGAGGCUGAAGAGCGCCGCUUACUCGAGGAGGAGCGUCGGAAGCGUGCAUCUGUUGCACCAACAGCUUGGGAUCUGCUGCACGAUCUUGUGAAUGCUCAAGACGGCUCAUUCGCACGCGCGUACGUCAACUUGCGCGCACAUGAGAAGCAAUGCUUUGGCCGCAAGUUGAUAGUCGAUGUGCCAUGCUACAACGAAUGGGCUCUCGAGCGGGAUUCGCAGGUCGUCAACAGUGUGCGGAGUAAGCGUGGAAAUGCUGGUCCAGUUCGACGACCACCGUACAUUGUCGGCUUCCUCCAACUUGAACUUCUCUACGUGCCAAAGCCAGCCGGAGCGGCGGACGAAGACAUGCCGAAGAGCAUGAGCAGUGCAGUACGGGAGAUGAAUAGAGCAAGCGAGCGUGUCGAGGUUGUACACGAGGGCCAUCUCAGUCAGCAAGGUGGUGACUGUGUUCACUGGAGACGGCGAUUCUUCCGGCUGCAAGGCCCGCGGUUGACCGCAUACCACGAGCAUACUCAGCAAAAGCGGGCCGUGAUCAAUCUCACUAAGGCUACACGCCUGGUGGACGACAAGAGCACCCUUGUAGCUGAUCCAAAGUCUGGCAACCCUGGAAACAAAGGUGGCCGCCGGAAAUCUGCAUUUGCAGAAGAGGAUGAAGGAUAUGCCUACGUGGAGGAGGGCUUCCGAAUCCGCUUCGCCAAUGGAGAGACAAUCGACUUCUAUGCCGACAAGACAGCAGACAAGGCAGACUGGAUGGUGGCAUUGAGUCAAGUCAUCGGCAAAGCUGACACGGGCAAGAAGUCCGCUUCCUGGACGGACCUUGUCCUGUCGAGGGAGAAAGCCGAAGGCAUCCCAUCAACGCCUCAAAUUUCCUCAGGCACGGACGUGCGCGACUUCACGAAACCUCCUGCCCCAGCUCGCAAGCUGAGUGACCGUAAGCCAGUGGCCAGCAGCGUUCCAAACAGUCCCGUGAAAGGUUCAGCUUCAAUUAUGGAUCUCCCGCUUGCACCUCUCGCAAAUUCUGGAAUGAGACCUAAGACGCCUCCCAUGAGCCCUCGACGAGGCCAUCGCUCAAGAGACGCAGUCAAGAGCAUGAUCUUCUAGGAGGAGUGCUCAGAGCGCCGCUUCGCUUUUGAAGCUUCGAAGGCCCAAAGUCAGGAUUUGGACGGUCCUUGAAAGUGUACAAGACACCAGUCUUUCCCAUGUCGUUCGAUCACAUGUCAAUCGUCUGGAGUUGGACAGACGGACUUUUUCGUUACGUGCUUGUCACCAAGCAUCUCUCAUCUGUCGCUUCUUGUUCCGAGGCUUUGUACACAUCAUUGUAUGAUGCAGUGUGUUUGAUGACAGCAGCGAUCUCUUCUUUUUGCACGCUUGUUGUGUCGAUACUUCUCAAUCGAUCAUUGAGCGUCGUCGGUGGCGUUGGAAAAUGUUGGAUGCAUUUCGAGCGCUUCGUUCAAAACAGUUUUCUUGUAUUCGUUUCCAGGAGUUCGGAAGGGAGGAUGGUUGGCUGGGCGGAGUACUGGGAAAUGUGUAAUGAAGAAGAAAAGGAUGCCCGAAGUGCAGCACCAGCAGCGACAGACAGACUCCCACUCGUAACUUUUUACUUACAUACGGACUUUUGCACACUUGACACGGACUAUGCACACCUUUUGAACUUCUCAGACUGUCUCUCAAAACGUGCAUGGAUAAGCU